ACACCAGCAACCAAAACAGUUAGUUGAAGAAAGAGUGAAAAAUGGAACGGAAUUGAUUGUAAAAAAGAUUGUUUUAAUUGUUAAGUGCAUGUGUAUAAUGUCGCAAAUAAUAUAGUAAGCUAAAUACCACUAUAACCAUGGAGGUUUUCCAAACGGAUACACAUUAUAUAUUCGUGAAGCGUGAUAAGAGUCUCUGGUGGAAUCGCAAGACAUCGGAAUUCACAAUCAAGCCAGGAUGGGAUCUCAGCUCGGUGGAAGACAUUGAAUGUAUUGGUGUCACACAUGGAAUUGUGGGCGUCAUCUCUCUGCCCAAUGUUUAUGAGCCACAUUUGGUGGUCAUUAAGGAGGCAACAGCUGUGGGCGUGCUUUACCCGCCACAUUUGGUCUACAAAAUCAAAUCUAUUUGCAUACUCAGCGCCGAUGUGCCGGAUUCUGAGCUGCCCAACUGUACCAAGCACACAAAAAGCAACAGCUCUACGCCCACACACAGCGCAUCCUCAAACAACAAUAAUGCGAGCGGAAUAGCUGCGCCCUUGCCCGGCUCAAAGAGCACAAAGAUCUUAGAGGGUAUGAAGUUUGGAGUGUUGGGAGCUGUAAAGAUGGCUGGUAAUACGAUUAAGGCCACCUCAAAACUGGCAACCAAACAGGUGAAGAAUUCGGUGGGCAUACGCGAGCCAGGGCACAUUGAAAGACGGAUUACCGAGGAGCUGCACAAGAUCUUCGAUGAUACGGACAGUUUCUACUUCAGUUUCGACUGCGACAUUACCAACAAUCUGCAGAGGCACGAGGUGAAGGUGGACAAUGCGCAGCCUCAGCCAGAUGAAAGAUUCUUCUGGAACAAGCAUAUGAUCAGGGAUAUAAUAAAGAUGAAUGACAAAACAUGGAUACUGCCCAUCAUUCAAGGCUUUAUGCAAGUGGAAGCUUGUGUCAUUGGCAACGAUUGCUUCACAUUGGCUUUGGUCUCGCGACGUUCGCGUCAUAGAGCGGGAACACGAUACAAGCGUCGUGGAGUGGAUGAAAAGGGCAACUGUGCCAAUUAUGUGGAAACUGAGCAGAUUCUUUCAUUCCGUCAUCAUCAGUUGUCCUUCACGCAGGUGCGCGGCUCAGUGCCCAUUUUCUGGAGUCAACCCGGCUACAAAUACCGCCCACCACCUCGUCUCGAUCGUGGCUUGGCCGAAACACAUCAAGCCUUUGAGCUACAUUUUACCAAAGAGUUGUCCAUCUAUGAACGGGUCUGCAUUGUUAACCUUGUGGAGCAGAGUGGCAAGGAGAAAUUGAUUGGAGAUUCCUUUGCGGAGCAUGUGAUAAAAUACAACAACGAACUUUUAAUCUAUGUCACAUUCGAUUUUCACGACUAUUGUCGUGGCAUGCGCUUCGAGAAUGUCUCAGCCUUGAUUGAUGCAGUUGGACCAGAGGCAGGCGCCAUGGGAUUUCAUUGGCGAGACCAGCGUGGCAUGAUUUGCAAUCAGAAGUCAGUUUUUCGAGUCAACUGCAUGGAUUGUCUGGAUCGCACGAAUGUGGUACAAACGGCAAUUGGCAAAGCUGUGCUGGAGUCUCAACUUGUUAAAUUGGGACUCUCACCGCCGUACUCGCCGAUCCCUGAGCAGCUGAAGUCGCCAUUUAUGGUGCUCUGGGCAAACAAUGGUGACAUAAUAAGCAGACAAUAUGCGGGCACGAAUGCUUUGAAGGGUGAUUACACUCGCACCGGAGAGCGUAAAAUCAGCGGAAUGAUGAAAGAUGGCAUGAACUCAGCCAAUCGCUUUUUCAUACAAAACUUUGCCGACUCGUUCCGUCAGUGCAUUAUCGAUCUGAUGCAGGGCGAACUGAAGCAGGCGACAGAACUGAAAGAGGAUGAAAUCCUAGAGACCAUUAUGCAAAUACUGACACCCGAAUUCCAACCACCAUUACGUGGCUAUUACAAUGCAGGCGUCUUGGGACCUGAGCUAAAGUUGAUUGAAUCGAUUGCCUUGAACAGCUAUUAUCUGGCCCGAUUUAAGGACUCUUAUCGUCAGGCAACUAUCGAUCUUAUGCUGGGCAAUCAAGUCUCUUCGGAAUCGCUGAGUGCAUUGGGUGGCCAAGCGGUACCCGAAGAAAACGAUGGUGAAAGUGCUGAGCACGCGAAGAUGUUGGUAGAGGAUUGUCGCCGUUUGUUGUUAAGCUCAGAACAGUAUCCAGUUGGUGCUUGGGGUCUCAUCGAUGCGGAUCCUAGUUCUGGUGAUGCCAGUGAAACCGAGGUGGACUCCGUUUUGUUGCUAACAGAUGAUUGUUACAUUGUGGCCGAGUAUGAUUCGCAUCUGGAUAAGAUCGUGCGCUUUGAGAAGGUGCAUCUUUCGCAGAUGCGUCUCAUUGAACUGGGCAUGCAUCAGGAAACCAAAAUGUUCCAAGGCUCACCGCCUGCUCAUCUCUGUUUGCGUCUUAACUACUGUGUCGAUCAUCAAGAAGGAUACUUUCACAUGUUUCGCUCGGCAAAUUUGCGUUUCUUCAAUAAUGCGGCGUUUGUAAUAAAGACGCCUGAGGAACUCGCCGAGUCCCUCACAGCUAUUGUGGACAUGUUUCGAAUUGCAUUAGAAAACGCAGGCAAUUCAGAUGUUCGAUUUAUCAACGGCGGAGUUUUGCAGCGACGGAAGAGUAAGCUGCCCCUGCUGGAUGUGCCCAAGGGAAUGCCACGUAACCUAUCCGAAUCUCAGCUGGUGCAGCUCAGUUCCAAGGCGCUGUCCAACGUUGCCGGGCAGUUCUCGAAACUGGGCCAGACAUUUAAGAAGCCACAAAACACAGCACAACCAAGCAAUCGCGCCGCCACAAUUAAUCCUCAAGUAAUGCGUCAAGGAGAGGAUACAGGUGUAGAUGUUGGAAUGGAAGCUGAGAAGGCCAUUUUUACCGUUGGAGGCAAGAAGCGUGCCUCGAAUAGCACCAGCAGCACAGACACCGAAGAGCAUGACAAUAGCCUGUAUGAGCCCGAUGUGGAUUCGGAUGUCGAGAUUGCUUUAGAUAAGUCCAAUUACAAUGAAAAUGCCUUUUUGCCCUCGGUGGGCAUCGUAAUGGGCAGCCAAAAGGAGCAUCCAAGUUCGUCGAAUAGUAUGCAACAGUUGAAGCAAAAGGAUAGCAUGUGCAAGACAUCUGAGGAUGUGCUUACUAUCUCUAUAAGUACGGUGAUGGAUAAUGUUACCUUGCCCAAUGGUUUACUGGAGAAUGCGCCGCCCGUGCGUCCAAUAACGCCAAAUCCUCAAAUUUGUAUUCAGGCCCAGGAGGCAAGGGAGGUGGAUGUCGAUGAAGAAUUGGUGAAGCCUUUAUCAAGUGCCGCUGCCAAUGACUUGAAUCUGCAGCUGGGACAGCCAGCUAAUCUAGAAGCCAACAAGCUGAAACAACUAACCAGUCCUCUCUCUAAGUUGGCCAGAGGAAUGCAGAACAUUGGCUUGAAUCUGGAUCCGCGUAAAAUUGCGACCAAGACCGGUGUGCUCUCUCCCACGAAUGUUUCGGCGGAUAACACUCCUCCGGAACGCGAUCCCGGCACACGAGAUCAAUUAUUAGAGUUGUGGGCAGCUCAGCAAUGUAAAACCAAACUGAUUGCGCUGUAAAAGGAUUGAACUUUCAUGAAUUCAUGCAGUGAUAUACAAAUCUAUUCUUUAUUAAUUAUUCACUCUAAAGCUCACCAGGUUAAUUCAAGAUGUUUUCCGUAGCACUUCCAUUAUUAGGGAAAAUAAAUUUAAAACGUUAGUCGUACGUGCACGAUAUUUGCAAUUUUUGUGAUUGUUACUAGGGUUUUACUGUAGUUCGUUAACUAAUUUAUUUGCGUGUAUAAAGUUCAUCGAGUUUGAAAUGCUUUAUUCAAUUAAACACCAAGAGCAAUUGCUUAGAAUAGAUUUGAUUCAACGAGUAUUAUUAUUCAAUUAUAGCGAGUUUUCUCAACACACUGCUUAUGAAAUGCAAAAGUUAUACGUACAUCGGAUUAGUAACAAUAGUAAAAUCUUUACACUAAUAACCAAAAGCAAACUAAAAGACAAGCAAGACAAACAAAAGACUUGGCUUAAGCUACAUUUUUUCUACACGAAACACAAUUUUUUGGCUAGCAUAUACACCACAUUAUGAAAAGAAACUAAUCACAGUUGAAAAGUUCCAGAAUUAUAGAUUAAGGAGAACACCAAUAAUUUUUGUGCGAACCUAAAGGAUUUAGAAAAGCCAACGAUAUACACUGAGUAGAGAGAAAUUAGUAGAUGAGCAAAUAAUUACCGCAAGUAUGAUGUAUUUUACUAAUCAUAGCAAUGUUUUAUGUAGAUGUAAUAUGAUGUAGAAUUAUGUAUGUACAUAUGUGCCACCGAUUACUUAGAAAUAUAUACUUAUGUGUUAAACAGCUUAAAA